GUUACCAUCAAUUGCUAGUUAUGAGUUAUAAUUAUUGCUGUUAUCUGAUGUAGUUCAGAACGAGAUGCACUGCCUGAGCCGGACCCCGAGGUCGUACCUGGUCAACUCUUACAGCGACGUGAAAGAGGUCGACGAGAGUAAAAGGGAAUCAUAUGAAGCCACCUGGUUAGACCUGGUCAUGGAGACAAGACCAGAGUACAAAGACUCACUCACUGAGAAAGACUCAGCGCGAAAGGAGUCUUAUGUACGAAAGCGCGUGCGUCAUUUUGUAGUGCGCCGGUUCCUCAAUCAGACCUACUGCACUGGUGAAGAUGGAACAAAGCUGCGUGAGUAUCAUCUGCCGUUUAAAACCAAGCUUCCGCUACAGAUCUUCGUGCCCAGGAACCUCGGCACUCCACCGGAGACACACAGAGAGAUGUCGCCUUCCAGUUUGCGCUCGGACUCUGAGAUGUGCGAGAGCCGAAAGAGACCGGACAGUACCGAGUUCACAGUGCGCACGCUCGUGUCACCGGCGAGGGACUUGGCUCGUGAUUUCCAGAGAACAUAAAGAAUGAAUGCAAUAAUCGCUUUUUAUAGUGCACUACACUGAGUCUUAUCAAUAAUCUUACUUAAUUUACUACAGCACUGUUGAAUUCUCGACUCUGAUUAAUUGGUUGAUUUUCUACAACAGCAGUUCUGACAGUACUUGCAUCUGAAAGAUAAAUCAUAGAUACACUAUACUGCCAAAAGUUUUUGGACACCCCUCCAAAUUAUUGAUUUCAGGUGUUGUUUUUCAGGGGUUGGGCUCGGCCCCUUAAGUCCAGUGAAAGGAACUCUUAAUGCUUCAGCAUACCAAGAAAUUUUGGACAAUUUCAUGCUCCUAACUCCUAACUUGACCCCUUCCUGUUCCACACCAGUGCACAAAGCAAGGUCCAUAAAGACAUGGAUAGGUGAGUUUGGUGUGGAGGAGCUUCACAGAGUCCUGACCUUGACCCGAGAACACCUUUGGGAUGAAUUAGAGCGGAGACUGUGAGGCAGAUCAAAACUGGGACAUCUGCCUUUACAUGCACAUGAAUGUAAUAUGGAGUUGGCCCACCCUUUACAAAUAUAACAGCUUCAACUCUUUAGGGAAGGCUUUCCACAAGGUUUAGGAGCGUGUUUAUAGGAAUUUUUGACCAUUCCUCUAGAAGCGCAUUUGUCAGGUCAGGCACUGAUGUUGGACGAGAAGGUCUCACAGUCUCCGCUCUAAUUCAUCCCAAAGGUGUUCUAUCAGGUUGGGGUCAGGACUCUUAUCCAUUGAGGUCAGGACACUCAUCCAUGUCUUUAUGGACUUUGCUUUGUUCACUGGUGUGCAGUCAUGUUGGAAGAGGAAGGGGCCAAAACUGUUCCCACAAAGUCAGGAGUAUGAAAUUGUCCAAAAUGUCUUGGUAUGAAGCUGAAGCAUUAAGAGUUCCUUUCACUGGAACUAAGAGGCCAAGCCCAACCCCUGAAAAACAACACCUGAAUUCAAUGAUUUGGAGGGGUGUCCCAAAACGUUUGGCAAUAUAGUGUGUAUAUUAAUACACUUGUUUUAAUACGUUUGAAAUAUUUCUAUAGUAACUUAUACAGAGAAGUGUAUGAUGGAUGCUCCAUUAUAAUCAAAGUGUAAGAAACCACUUUGAAAACAAGGCAUUGUUAUUUGACAAAGAAGGAUCAUAGAUAUAGUGAAGUUUUCUGUAAGGAGAAAAAAAGGGAAGGAGUCUCAAGAUUCAUGGCUUUGAGUCUUCUGUCAAGACAGAGGAUUUUGAGAGCGAUUAAAAACAGAGAGGUUUUACUAGAGCCGGUAUAACGUAAGUGAUAACAGGAACUUGCUUUGUGGGCGUUCUUUAACAUUUAACAGAACUAUAAACUUUGUAUAAACGCAAUGGGCCGAUCAUUAAUCAAUUAAAAACUGUCAUCUUUAACAAAUCACUGUUGUGUAAGAAAAAUAACCGUUCAUGAAGAGCCGUUAAAUCAGAUGCAUCAGUCAGCAUCAUCCCAUUCUACCACUGAUUAUUUCCUCCCAAAAUUUUUUGAUUCUUUAUGUAAUAAUUUUUUAAUGUUUGCAUUAAAAGUGGUGUUUUAUGCGUUGUGGAAAAGUUUUAUCAGGGACCUAUUAUAUAAUUAUAUAAAAUUGUGCAAAUAUUUACUUUGACCCUUUUAAUUGUUUGACCAAAUGAAAUGAUCGGUUCUUUUACAUAUUUCUUUUCAUUUAAAAACAAAAACUGCUGUUGUAAAUGUAAGUAUGUUGUAUCUAUGUAUUAUUUUAUUGUAUAUAGAUGUAUAUAGAUACAUUACAAUGCAGUAUAUUGGAGUUUCUUUGUGUUAGGAUUAUUUGCCUUUCAGUAGACACAAAGUCCAUCAUUCAGCAAGUCUGUGUAUUAAUGGUGGAUACGAGCACAUGUUCAGGUGCCAGGAAUAAUGUUCAAGUGAUUUAGAACUAAUAUAGGAAUGUCUUAGUUUACCAGAUGUAGACGAAAACAAUUGGUCAGGACUCUUACUGACCAUCUGGAAUAUCCUUUCUGAUAUGCUUCCCCAUGCUCUUUUUUAGGGUCGUGUUUAAUUCUUAACCACUGCUGAACAGCACUUUAUUGAUUUAUAGUCAGGAUUAAGCACACACUGCCAUCUAGAGGAAAAAAACGGUAGCGUAGCAUCCAUAUUAUAAAUAUUGUUAUUGCUAUGAAUC